UCGCUCAUUCAUAACUUUGUGUGUGCGUUCGAAACCGAGUGAUGUGGCUUUAUCAUAAGCAGCGAGAAAAAUCAUGAAAAAGUCGAAUUUUGCUUGUUUUGUACAUAUUAGCUGUUUGGUUUUAGUGCUGGCCAUUGCCGGCGGUGGUGCCAAGGAAUGCGGUGAUCCGGAAUGCAAAACUCCGAUCGCAAAAGCGUAUGCGUUGCUCAAAUAUAUGGGCGGAGGCGGCCAGAAGGUCAACUUGGCGAAAGGCGAUAAGUUGUUGAUUCUUGGGCGGAACGUUGGAAAGGAUAAUGAUUACCUGGUUCAGAAGGGGGAUGGAAAAAUUGGUUUGGCCAACCCGUCAUUCAUUCGGGAGAUGGAGAUCCUUGUCUCGGUGAAAAACCGGAUCGUGAUCCCGGAUGAAGACGAAUCGCAGGAGCAAAUUAAUCCGAGUGCAACGACCGAGCAGAGCGUGGUAGAUGGAACUACCAUUGGCGGUGUUCCGUUCACGGAACAGCCCAUGCCAUCCCAAGAACCGGUACCGAUGGAAGAGAAAACUCCGGAUUUAGAGAUGGUUCCUUCGAAUCAGGAGUCAUCGAGUCUUCCAACAAAAGUAACAGAGGCUUCGGAGCCAGUGAAGACUUCUGAACCGGAACCAGAAGAAUUACAGGAUAACGACAGUGAAACAGAAGAAGAUGAAGACGGAGAAAGUGAAGACGAUGAAGAGGAAGUUGCUGGAGUGGAAGAUGAUGAAGAAGAAGAAGCUGAAAGUAAUGGUGAACAAACGUCUGAUAGUUCUAGUGAUAAGCCUGUAGAGCAACCUAGAACCGCUUCUGCAGAAGCAUUAGAAAAUGCAAACCUCAGUGAAACUGCUGUGAAUGAUGAAACAACAUCCGAAGAAACAGUAGUUGUAAGCGAAGAAGUAGGAUCUUCAUCGGAUAGCGUGACAACCGAUUCAUCAGAAACCACCGUAACGGAAGUUCCAUUAGAUGGUGCUCCUGAAUUGCCACCGACGAUGGAAUCAGUGGAAGUUACCACUCCAAAUUCUAUGGAAGAACAUCCAACAGCACCAGUCGAAUCCACUGAGACCUCCACCACAGUUCCGGAAGUGGCUGAUCCUACUCCGGUUGAACCUACACCGGCUCCAGAAGUUAUCCCUGUUGUAGAUUCUCGAGUGGAAAUUCCUGUAACGGAACAACCCGAGCUUCCUCCACCAGAGACAACCCCUAGCACCGUCAAUCCAACUCUCGUCGAAGAUGUUCCCACUCCCACUACGGAGUCGGCACUACCUCAACCACCAUCGGGACUGCUCAGGGGAGGCUUGGGAAGUCUCCUGUCGCACUCGCAUCAUCACCAUCAUCAUCACGGUCACGGACAUGAUCAUCAUAAUCACGACCAUCAUCAUCAUUUGCAUGUCCAUCAUGAAGGUGGCCAUCAUCAUCACCAACAACAGCAACAGCAACAACAAGUGGAGGUUGAACAACAUGGACAGCAGAUGCAUCUAGAGAAGCCAGAAAUUCCUGUGCAAACUGAGUCUUUGGAAGCGGAGGAGAAAAAAACGGAUUUUUCGUUCAGCGAAGAAACGUUCGACCAUCACAAACAACCAGAACAACAAGAAGCCGCUCCAGAAAACGGUUACUGCGACCAGGAGUCGUGCCCGCAACCGAACCCGUCUCAGCCCUCGCCCCAGCACCAGCAUGCCAACGGAUUCCACCAUCCGAUGGUGAAGGGUAGUCCCAACAACAUAGAAAUACGGGAACCAGAACUCCUGGAUACAUAUCAACCGCUACAGGAUGACUCCCUUGCGCCAUCGCACACCACGGACCACGGUCACGAGGAGGAAGAAAUGGAUUAUGCGAAAAUGUUCAUCCUGGAACUGUUUAAGUUGAGCGAUUUGAUUCUUCUGUUGGGCAUUACCUCGUUUACGUUGAUCGUGUUCUCGCUGGGUCACUAUUUGAUCAACAAAAACCGAAAGGAGAAACCGCUGAUCUAUAAGCUCAAUAUGGUGGAACGGGACCUGAUGGCAUCCCACAAGGAGAACGCCAUGCUGAAAAGCGACUUGGUCGAAACGAAACACAAGCUCAUCAGCAUCGAGAACAAUUCGUUCGGUUCCAACGAUAUGGUCAUAGCCCUCCGGCAGGAGCUGGAAGACAGCGAACAGACCAAACUGGAACUUCAGGAACAGAUCGCUUCCCUGGAGAAGGAACUGGAGAACGCUGCCGAAGCCGGGUUGGAGCUAAACAAAAUGGUUGCCGAGUUGUUGAAUCAAAGUGGAAGCGAUUCGAUCGCACUGACGGUGGAUGAACUGCAGAAGCAACUGAACGAACAGCAGCAGACGAUCCUUUCGAUGAAUACCACGCUGGCGGACAAGAGUCGUGAGAACAGCGAACUGCAGAUCACGGUGGCCAAUCAGACGGCAAAGUUCCAACAGGAUAUGGAAGAACUUCAGCAAUCGUUGAACGACAUGAAGCUGGAGAAGAACAAUUUGGAGAUCGAGCUUAAUAACAUCAAGAGUGGACAGGGGUCCCAGCUGGACAUUUUGAGGAAGGAAACUAGCGUCGAAAUUGCUAAACUGAGCAAGGAAGUCAAGUCCUACCAGUCAAAGUGGGAAGAGACCAAGAAAAACCUGAGCGCUGCGGAGGCCAAGGUGGAAGCUCUGGAAGACUGCAUAAAGGAUAUCAAGAAGGGCAAUAGCGGAGGAUCGAUUGAUGGAUUGAUCGAUUCGGCUGAACUGAAAGCGCAGCUGGCAGUACUGAAUAAGGAGAAGGCCAAUCUACAGGAUCGAUUGCAGGGGGAGACUGUUGCACGUCAACUCCUGGAGGACCAUGUGAAAAUCAUCAACGAGGAUAUUUCUUCUCUGAAAAAGGAAUACGGCCAAGCCGAGAAAGAUAAACUGGAAGCGGAAACUCGGCUGGAAGUGCUGUCAUCCUACUUCAAAGAUAAGGAAACCCAAUUGCAGAAGGAAUUGAGCAUCAAGGAAGCAAUGUGGAUGCAACAGCAAGGGGAAACCACGAGCACCGUCGAAAGGAUUCGACUGAUGCAGGAUGAGAUUCAACAGCUGAAAUCCCAAAACGACAAACUUCGCGCUGAAAUCGAAGCUCAAGCCACUGCCCACAAAGCGCAGUAUACCGCACUGGAAACUCGUUCGCACGACGCUUGGCUAGCAGCUCGCCAGGCCGAACGUCGUCUCGAGGAAUCCCGUAACGAAUCCAGCGCUCUGCGGCGUAAGCUUACCGUCCUCGGGGACGUAUCCGUGAACAACUCAACAUCCGAUGGUCUCAUUCCCAAUGCGGUUCCUCCGGCGGACAUGAACCUAACCGCUCCGUCGCCAAUACGGGUAGAAUCCCCCAAUGCUCCUCCCAUGAUGGGCCUUCCCCCGCCUCCGUUUAUGCCUCCUCCAUUCGUACCUCCGUUCAUGCCCCCAUUUAUGCCCCCGCCUGGCCCAGGAGAGAUGCGCCCUGCUCCCCUAGGACGGCUUAUGUCCCCUCCUCCCCCGAAUCGCUACAGUCCCAGUCUGAUCGACAGCCGCGAUCGGUACACUCCGGAACGAGGCCGGUACUCGCCGGACAGUCGGUACGAAUACUCUGUGAUGUCCAAUUACGAAACGGAAACUGACUUUAGUCCUCCACCAUCGCCACCGCCGCAUUCACGGCGAUCGAACUACGAUCGCGACCGUGAUCAUCGAUCGGAUCGCGAUCGCGACCGGGAUCGAGAUCACGAUCUGCGCGAUCGCGAUCGAGACCUUCGGGAUCGGGAUGGUCGAACCAGCGGAAGCGCCGGUGGAGCAGAUCGAGGCAGCGGAGCCGGUGGAUAUCCGAAGGCGUUUUCGCCGCCCAGCAUGAGGACAACCUCGCCGCCCAUUCAGGACCCUAGGAACAAAAAAUAUCAAGCAAUAAAACAAUUCAAAGAUUUGAGAAAUUUCUGGAAAUCAAUGGAAGACUGAACUACCGACUUGAGGGUACAUCCGAUUUGCUUUUUGUCCGCGGUUUCAGUUCCGGCUCGCAAGACUCGAUUUCAACCCGGAAGAGCGGCAAACAGUAUAAGAACAGUAAACCAACGGCGUAACUACUGUGCAUAUUUAGUGUUGCAGUCUAGAUUACACAUCUAAAUAAGUGUAGUGAAAUGUUUCCUAUAUCGUAAAUGAAGCGGUGUGUGUGUAUUUAUGAGAGAGAGAGAGGGCGCUAUGUUGAGGAUUUAUACAGCUUUUCGAUUUAACUUCAAUUGUUACAAAGUUUUAAACGAAAAAAUCAAACUUUUUCUCAAAAUUCUUGAUUAUAUUCGAUUGCCAAACUCACAUAAAUGCAAAAUGACGACACAUCGAAAUUUAGUGUAAUAAUGGUUUCAGUUGAAAGAAAGCAAGCAUUUUUUAUUUGAAAAGAAUUUAUUUUGCCCCACCUUUUUACCUUUAUACACAAAAAAUGUUGCAAUAGUUAACUCAAGUGGUGAAUAGCGUCAUACAAAAUCAAACAAAAAGUUAUUCAACAACUUACUUAAAAUAUAAAAUUUAUACGAUAAA